UUGAGUUACCAUGGAUUAGUUGUCCUUAAACAUUCGAAGUGAACAGAAUGAUUGCCUGUCUAAUGCGUUUUCUGUGGUCCUUGGCACUGCUGCAGUGCAUCCAGGCUAAAGUGGCGCUGAGACCUCUAUUCUACGGCCAAGAUAGUGCUGUUAUUGUCGACACCUAUAGAAAAUUCCCACCCAGGCUGGACUCCAAGCUGCAGAAUGCCUUGUAUUACAACAUGCCGGUUUAUAAGCUAAUCAAGCCUGGUACCACGACGACCACUACAGCUGCUCCUAGUCCAGGCUAUCCUGCUGAUCUUCUGGACAUAGCUCACAACAAACUGGGUCUUAAGGAUCUGCCGAGCAUUGAGGAGCUGGGCGAGUUAAUUGGAACGGAUAAUGCCGCGGAAACCAUAGACUAUAUUCGUGCUCUCACCGGUACUGAUGAGGGUCUGGCCCUGAUGAAACAGUAUCUGGACACGCUGCGUUAUGAGGAUGCGGAGGAGAAGGUGGUGGAGGAAAAGGAGGCGGAGGACAAGGAAGACAACGGCGACGACGAUAACAGCAUGUCUAAUGUUAGUUACGAUGAGCUGCCCCAGGAGAAGACCAUCACCACCACCACAGUAAAGCCCAGUACCGAAGUAAGUCUAGUGCAACGUGUCGGAAACUUCAUGAAGCAGUAUAGCCUGUGGUCAGGACAGGACACCACUACUACGGCUCGUCCUCCCGUCAUCGCUCCUCCAGCUGGUUCUUUCCUGCCCGUUUUUCUGGCUCCCCAGGGUUUGAAGCCAAUGCGACCUAUCUUGGUGAGGCAACCACUGCCAUAUCACUAUCCCAUUCCCCUGCGACCUGUUGCGUUGCCCACCGUGAGACCAACUCAGGUGCCCAGCACCACACGUGCACCCAAACCACAUCUGAACACACCGAAAGUGCAGGAGGAUGCGGAAAUCAAAUACUCAACCUUGGCGCCGCACAUCAAGCACUUUGCCAAGUUGGCCAACAUCUCGCCACAGGUUGUGGAACGCUUCCUGGAGGGAAACCCUAAGCUGGCGGAACUGGCCAAGCGGCUGAGCACCCUGGCCCUCAGCCCGGAGCAAUCCCAGGCCAUUGACUCCCAGGUGCUCAGGGCCGUCCAGAGCGCACUGACCAAGAACGAUGAUCUCAAGCGACUGAUCGAGGCCUCCCAGGCACUUAAAUAGUUCAAAAGUUUAACUAGUCUUAUUACAAUUUCAAAGAAAAUAAAUUCCUCUAAAAUAA